GAACAGGAAAGAUUGGCAUUGAGAGGGUCAGAUGCGCGUCAACGGAUGUACAACGUGGGGGGCGACCUCCAGGACAUCCUGCUCGCCUCCAUGCCUGCCUUUACAUCUUCUCGACGUCGACUGACACUCGUUUCUUUGCAGUCAUGGACCACCGCAAGCCGCCAAUACUCCCUACCACCAGCUCGUCGCCGCCGCCCAGCCCGCGGCGGAUACCGGUGCUCGGCGCGGUCGCCGCCGCGGCCAACAAGCUGACCCGUCGCCCCCUCCGCGCGGCGCUGGUCGGCACGAUCGCGCUCCUCGUCCUGCUGUACAACGCGCACGCGAUAUCCACUCUGCGGCGGGACGUGGGGUACAUCCUCCGGCCACUAUGGGACACGCCCGAGCCCGCGUUCAACGUCAUCAAGCACUUCCCGCGCGCUGGCGACGACAACGACGAACAAUGGUGCGGCGCGCACGGCUGGGCCACCCGGCGCGGGGGCAAGCCCGUCGUCGUCGACGCCGUGCCCGUGUCCACCGAGCUCGACAUGCUCGAGAUCCGAUGGCGCGAGUACGCGCCGUUCGUGGACAUCCUGCUUGUCGUCGAGUCCAACAUGACCUUUGCGGGCACGCCCAAGCCGCUGCACUUUGCCGCGCACCGCGCGCGCUUCGAGCGCAUCGCGCACGACGCAGGCGCCAAGCUCGUCUACCGCGCCGUGACGGACUUUGAGCCCAACCUGCCCUCGGGGAGCUUCAAGAACGAGGCGUGCCAGCGGCAGGCGAUAUCAGACCUCAUCGCCGCCGAGCGCGGGUCCGGCGCGAUCCCGCCCGGCGCGCUCAUCAUCCAGUCGGACGUCGACGAGAUCGUGUCCCGCGACACGCUGCAGCUGCUCACCAUGUGCAGCGGGUUCCCCUCGCAGCUCCACCUCCAGGUCGACAACUACCUCUACAGCUACGACCAGCCGCUCAACGACGGCGGGUACUGGCGCCCCCGCGUCGUGACGGUGCCUGCCGGCGGCGAGGGGGUAGACUACCACCACGGCCGCGGCAGCGACGACCUGCUCGCCGCUGCGGGGUGGCACUGCUCCUUCUGCUUCCCGACGCUGCAGGACAUGCGUGCCAAGAUGACGGGAUACUCGCACAACGACCGGCUGACGAGCGCAAGGUUGCUCGACGAGAGGAGGCUCAGACGGCGCGUGUGCGAGGGGCGCGACCCGUUCGGCAUGUGGGCGGAGGCUUUCACGUUCCGCGACGUGAUCGCACACAGCGGCCCCACGCGCAGGCGCAACGCGUUCCUCCACGUCCCCGUCGCGCUCAAGGAGGAGCCAGAGCGGUUCAGCUACCUCCUUGACAAGGGGUGUGAGCGGCCGAACAAGUAAAAGUCGAACAUACCGAGCGAGGGAGGCGAAGCGAGCGAGGCGGUGCCGAGUGAACAGUCUGGGCUCUUCAUCUUCCCGAGAUUGCUGUCGAUGCGCGGAGAGUGGCCGCUCGAGGUGUAGACCGGGACGUUGGAGCGGACCGCUGCCCGCUCGGCGCGUCGGCGUCCUCGCGGUGCCUCUUCCUCCAGCUCUGUCUUAUGCCUAGCUCGACACGCCUGGCGACUACCCAGCUCAUCGGCGUCUCUCGCCUUGCCGUGUCUCGUCUGGCCGCCACUCGAUGCAACCGCCCUCUCAACGAGCUGCCCCCCCGGGCCCCCCUCCCCCCCCUGGCGAACACACAACACCCAGCACACCCCCUAAUCCAUCUUGCUUGCCCCUACAGCAGACACUGCAUCUAUCCAUUGUACCCGUGUAUACAAUACACCCAUCUUGUACUCCCCCUUGCAUCAUGUACAACUUGUCA